AUGUCAAGGGCAGAUUACCUCGCCAAAUAUCUCUCUGGAGGGCCGGAGAAGAAGAAAAAGAAAAAGAAGAGCAAGUCCCAAGCCCCACCUGUUGUUGUCCAGCAACCAGAACUUCUAGAUACCCAGCCACAAGAACUGUUCAAUCCAGAGUCCGAAGAUGAAAGUGCUCCUGCCAUUGCUCUGGAAAAGCCAUUACGAGAAAACAAAGGCUUUAAAAGGAUUGAUACAGGUGUGUCUGUUGACCUGAGUCAGGCUGUAUCUGCCCCAGAGCCGUCUGCGUUGGAAACUGCCAGAUCUGAAAACAUGCAAUCCACAGUCUACAGAGACUCUUCUGGACGUAUUGUGGACCUAGAAAAACGCAGUGCUGAGAUCAAGGCAGAACGGGAGGCCAAAAAGCAAGCAGAGAUUGAAAAACAACAAAGGGUGAACCAAUCUGAUAUGGGUAGGCUACGAGAUGCCGAGAUGCAAGAGAAGCUCAAUAAGGCCACUCGAUUUGACGUUUCGGCCACUGACAAGGAGUAUAUUGCUCAUAUGUCGCUGAAACAGCGCUUUGAUGAUCCACUUGCCGCUUUUGGAGAGCUGACCAAUGCAAGUGAAGAACCUCCAAGAGGUACAAGACCAUCAUACAAUAAAGGCAUCAACCCAGGCAAUAGGUUCAAGAUUCCCGCAGGCUGGUUCUGGGAUGGCGUGGAUAGGUCUAGUGGGUUCGAAGCAAAGCUUUUGGAGAAGCGUAACACGGAACACGUGAAGAAGGUUGUGUCCAAGGCUUCUGCUGAGUCGUAUACUGAGUAUGACUACGACUACGAUUGA